GGUAUACAAAGCCUUUAGGUAUAUAUACCUCCACACUCGUCCUCAACUCGCUGGGUCAGGCUGAUUUCUUGCUCAAGCGGACUCUUGCUCUCUAUACAUCCACCGUAGAAGCUACCAACGAUCAGAAGACACCAAUAUGGCGAAGAAGUACAAGUUCCUCACGGACGAGCAAGUUGAGUCUUUCAUGCGAGAUGGGUACAUCAAGCUGGAAGGUGCAUUCUCCAAGGAGAAAGCAGAAGCAUGGAAACAAGAUGCUUGGAUCAGAUUGGAUAUGGACCCAAAUGAUAUGAGUACCUGGAACAGGGAAUGGAUCAACAUGCCUGUCAUUCGCUCGGAGAAGAUUGAAGACUUUUCUCCCGUCGCCUGGGGAGCUAUGCUCGAAUUAAUUGGCGGUAUUGAGCGUCUUCGGAUGGAUCGUGAUAGCUGGGGUGACAACUUCAUCGUCAACCUCGGCACUCCCGAAACCCAUAACGCUGAACCUCCUCAUCCAAGAGACCUGGACGCAUGGCACUGUGACGGAGACUCAUACAAGCACUUCCUCGAUAGCCCCGAAGUAGCUCUCCUCAUGAUCCCCUUGUUCUCUAAAGUCGAAUCCAAAGGUGGAUGCACCUUCAUUUCGCCCGACGCAACGACCAAGAUCAUUGAAUUCUUGCGAGACCACCCUGAAGGUGUCGGUGGAGGUGACGGAGCGCCUUGGAAGCCCACUCCAGGGGAGAUGGUCAAGGCCAGCCAUCAAUUCAUCGAAUGCACUGGCGAACCAGGCGAUGUCUUCCUGUGCCAUCCUUUGAUGAUGCACACCAAGUCUCAGAACAACACUCGUGUCCCUCGAUUCAUGAUCAAUCCUUGGGCGGCACUCAAUGAACCUCAUAAAUUCAAGAGGGACAAUACCGACGACUACUCGUUGGUAGAGCUCAAGACGCUCAAAGAAUUGGGGCGAACGCCUGAAGAAGGAUAUGAUUUCCGUGCUACGACAGAGAGAAAGGCUGCGCCGUCGAAGCGACAUGGGAUUCAAGCAGAAUGGAAGCGGCAAGAGCUGGAGAGGUUGGCGCGCGCAGGAAUUGUCCCAAGGGUUAUUUCUACCUUGGUCUCAUAGGCUCCGCCUUGACUCAAGUGCAGGGUGUUCCAGGGCGAGAAAGGAAGUGAGGUCGUUCUUGCGAAUCAAGAUCAUGCAUCACUGGACUGCACGG